CUCACAUCAGCAGUUAACCUAGAAUUACAAUUCAGAUGUAUUUUUUAUGGAAGUAUGAAUUUGUUUGAAAUAAGAAUUUUAUAAAUCCCUUUAAUUACUAUUAGUUAUGUAAAUAUGUCCGAAUUGGAGUUACAAGAGGAAGAGAGGGAAGCUCUAUCAUCAAUAUAUGAAGGAGAUGAUUUGUUUAAACAGAUUGAUAAGUGUACAUAUCAAUAUAAAUAUGGUGAGCACGAUACGAAUAAAUCCUUUGUAUUGGAAAUUAAAUGGGGCGAGCAGUAUCCAAAUGAGUUACCAGUUAUGAAUAUGGACACAUUUUAUAAUCAUCAUAUAGUAACAUCAUUAAAGCAGAAGAUAGUAGAAAUGUUAAGGACUGAAGCUGAACAAUACUUAGGAAUGUCUAUGACUUACUCUUUAUUUGAAUUUUUAAAGGAGAAAUUCGAUGAACUGAUUAAUGAACAGCCUGAUGAACCAGAAAAAUUAGAAGUUGAAAAAUUAUGUAUUUCUGAAGAAGGGGACCAACAAGAAAAUCAAAGAAAGGAAAAAAAGGAACAAUUAACCAAAGCGCAAAAGAGGAGGCAAUGGAACAGAGUAGAUGCCAAAGGGGAAAAACCAAGAGGAUGGAAUUGGAUGGAUAUUGUAAAACAUUUAUCCCAAACUGGCCCUAAAGAAGAGCAACCCAUUACAUAAAGUGCUAUUUAUUUUAUAUGAUGUUAUCAUAUUUAAAUAAAAUUUGUUGUUUUUCUA